UAAUAUUCUAUGCAAUAUUUAAUUGAAUUAUAAAGUGGAAACAUGGAUGGUCGUUCUAAACUUGCAUUUACUUUUAUUUUUUCCAGGUUUUCUUCUUCAUCACAUGGUCUAUCACAUCCCAAGCCUUGAUCCUAGAGGUUCUUUGCUUUAUCCGUCGUAUUUGACUUUUUGGGUGAUGGACUCGAUCUCAAAAACAAUCUACUUUAAUUUUCAAUAUGCUUAAAAUUUUGACAAUUUCUACUCUCUGAUACAACCAUUGGCAUAGCUUUUGGGGGAAGAAAUGAUGCUAUAUUCUAUGAUAAUCAUAUGUUUCAACUAUGUAUAUCUUUUCAGCUCAAGUAGUUGUUUUGUUUUGAGUGGUUGUUCGAAGAUUUUUCAUGGGCAGAGCUGCAUGGCAAUAAGAUGGAUUUUGCAAAGUUAGAAGUGUUUAGAUCAGAGGACUUAAAAGCGUGCACCAACAAUUUCAACAUCAAAAGCAUCGUUGGAGUAAUUCAAUUUGGCAAAUUAUAUAGAGGAAAGAUUAAAGGAGUCAAGACUGGAACAGAAGGUCAAGAUGUAAUGGUAAAGAUAUGGGAUAAGAAAUCCGAAAACAUGGCUUUCCUCCCAUAUGAUGAGUGUUUGAUGGUUAAAGAAGAAGUUGAAAUUUUAACAAAUCCAACUAUGAACAGUCAUCCCAACUUGGCGAAACUGAUUGGUUAUUGCCUUGAAGAAGAAAUAAAGGGUGUUGUUUAUGACCUCAGUCCACUAGAUAGUUUGCAGAACCUAAUGCUGAAAGAUGAUCUCAACUGGCUUCAGAGGAUCAAUGUUGUUCUUGAAAUUGCACGCCUCCUUAAAUUUCUUCAUGGGGGCGAUUGGGAUACAAGCAGUGAAGUAUUUUCAUUUGGGGUUAUUCUCCUGGGAUUAAUAGCCAAAAGAACUUGUGAACUGGAAAAACCUGACAUAGUAUUGGACCGACUACUGCAUGUUUGGGCCAAGAAGGAAUACAAACCCCAGUGUUCUCUUGUCCACAACAGCCUGCAAGAAGACUGGGGUUAUCAUGCUCAAGAUGGUAUUGCAAUUACAGAGUUGGGGAUGUGUUGCAUUGAGUUUUUUCCAAGGAACCGUCCUACUAUGAAGGAUGUUGUUGAGCGUCUUGAAAGUUUACAUAUUUUACAACGUCUUGGUGAUUCAAGAGCUCACAAAAGGGGCAAGAAAUUUCAUGAUAAUGCAAUGUGCUUAUGAAACAGAAAAUUUCAUUGAGUUCCGUAUGCAGCUUUCAUAUUGCUAGUUUCUAACUUUAUUAGGCACUUUAAAACUUUAAUAGUCUCUAUUUAACUUUAUUAGUAUUUGUAUAUACAAGACAUGAUUGCAUCUGGAUAGCUGUACCUGACAUUUGCUACAGUUGUGUAUAUAUUUCUUCAUCUUUCUUGGGGUGACAGGCAAUAUGAUGUAUGAUUUAGCUUCAUGUCGAUAAGGUCAACAUCAUUUUGUUAUGUUACAGAGAAUUGAAGGAUUAUAUAGACAAUUGGAAGUGAUGA